CCUGCUACCUCUCCGGUCCUGGCUCUCCACCUGCUCUGCUGCCUGGGUUCCGGAACGCUCCGCCCUGGGGCCCAGAACGAGCCAAUCAGGAUGAAGAAGAGCCGCAGCGUGCUGUCGGUAACUGGAGAAGAGGGUGAAGACGUUCAAAUAACGGUUGGCGCAGGGGAAAAGCCAGAGUCGCCGCGCUACAGCCGAUCCUACACGUCUGGGGCCACGCUGGGGGCGGAGCUACGCAGGGGUAGGAGCAGGAGACUCCCAUCUAGUCUACAGGUUCCCUGCUGGCUACGCCCUCGCGACCGCACUCGCUCGCCAGAGGUCCUUAGCAACGUGGCACGUCCCACAACGCUGCCACUCCGCAUCCCGCCGCGCAUCUCCAUCACGCAAGCUGACGCUGACAGUUACGAAGGAGAAAAUGGCGUCUCCCCCGCUCACACGCCACUGGGCUCGCAGAGUCCAGGACUCACAAUCAACACAUCCUUCCCCCAAAGCCAGAGGAGGGAGUCCUUCCUCUACCGCUCGGAUUCGGAUUAUGACAUGUCGCCAAAGACGGUGUCACGAAAUUCGUCCCUGGCGAGCGAAGGUCACACAGGGGAGGACUUCAUCGUCACUCCUUUUGCUCAGGUUCUGGCUAGUCUGCGAUCGGUGCGGAGCAAUUUUACCAUCCUCGCCAACGUCUCCACGCCGACAGUCAAGAGAUCUCCGCUUGGUGGGCUGUGCGCGAGUCCCAGGGCCACGCUGUGCGACCAGCAAUACCAGCAGCUCGCCUUGGACACGCUAGAAGAACUGGACUGGUGUUUGGACCAGUUGGAAACCAUCCAGACGCACCGCUCUGUCAGUGAGAUGGCAUCCAAUAAGUUCAAGAGGAUGCUGAACAGAGAACUGUCCCACCUGUCCGAGAUGAGUCGCUCCGGUAACCAGGUGUCAGAGUACAUCUCCAGCACCUUCCUUGACAAGCAGAACGAAGUGGAGAUCCCGUCGCCAAAUCUGAAAGACAAACCGAUGAGUCAAAUCAGCGGCGUGCGGAAACUGUCGCACAGCUCCAGCCUCUCGAGCGCCUCCAUGCCUCGCUUCGGGGUCAACACCGAACAGGAGGACGAGCUCGCCAAGGAGUUGGAGGAUUUAGACAAGUGGAGCUUCAACGUAUUUCAAGUUGCUGACGUCUCCAACAACAGACCACUCAGCUGCAUCAUGUACACCAUUUUUCAGGAGCGAGAGCUGCUGAAGAACUUCCGGAUCCCCGCUGACACUUUUGUCACUUACGUGAUGACACUGGAAGACCAUUACCACGGCAACGUAGCGUACCACAACAGCCUCCACGCUGCCGAUGUCACCCAGUCCACACACGUGCUCCUCUCCACUCCGGCCCUCGACGCUGUCUUCACUGACCUGGAGAUCCUUGCUGCCCUCUUUGCCGCCGCCAUUCAUGAUGUUGAUCAUCCUGGAGUUUCCAAUCAGUUCCUCAUCAACACCAACUCGGAGCUGGCACUGAUGUACAACGACGAAUCGGUCCUGGAGAACCAUCACCUGGCUGUCGGCUUUAAGCUCCUACACCAGGACAACUGUGACAUCUUCCAGAACCUUACCAAGCGGCAGCGUCAGAGCCUCCGCAAGCUCGUCAUUGAUAUCGUUUUGGCCACAGACAUGUCCAAACACAUGACACUGCUGGGAGACCUGAAGACCAUGGUGGAGACAAAGAAGGUGACCAGCUCUGGCGUGCUCCUGCUGGAUCACUACAAUGAGCGCAUUCAGGUCCUGAAGAACAUGGUUCACUGCGCUGACCUGAGCAACCCGACCAGGCCCUUACCUUUGUACCGGCAGUGGACAGAGAGGAUCAUGGAGGAGUUUUUUCGCCAGGGCGAUAAGGAGAGGGAGCGCGGCAUGGAGAUCAGCGCCAUGUGCGACAAACACACCGCCUCUGUGGAGAAGAGCCAGGUGGGUUUCAUCGACUACAUCGUCCACCCGCUGUGGGAGACGUGGGCCGACCUGGUACACCCUGACGCCCAGGAGCUUCUGGACACACUGGAGGAGAACCGCGAGUGGUACUUGACCACCAUGCCUCAGUCUCCGUCGCCUCCUCCAGACAGACACUUGCAGCAUGAUCGCUUUCAGUUUGAGCUCACCCUGGAGGACUUGGAGCACAACAACCACAACCAUGUUCACACGAGGACCGGCGGCGGCGGAGAGAGAGCUCCUUGCCCUGACGGCCAAGGUGAGACUGAGGACGAGAGGAACCACAACCGGGAGCAGAACGGCGUGAGUGAUGAGGAUGAACAGACUGGUGACAUGGCGGAAGAAGAAAACCGCCCUGCAGAGGAGCAGAUGGAAGAUGAGAUGGGUGAAAAGGAAGAGGAAGCAGAGGAUGAGGAGACUAAACAAGGGGAAGAUGAAGAUGUGGACGGGGGGGAAAUGAAUGAGGACGAAGGAGUCGAGAAUGUGGAGGAGGAAGAGCAGGUAGAAGGAAACGUGGAGGAGGAGGAUGGAGCAGAGGGAAAUGUUGACGAGGAGGAAGAUGAAUCAGUGGCGAAUGAGGAAGAGGAGAAACAGGAGGAGGAUGUUGAAGAGGAAGUGGAGGAAAAUGAUGUGGAAGAGGAAACCAAUGCUGAGAACGAAGUCGAUACUGUGGAGAAAGAAGAGCAGGAAGAAGGCGAAGAGAAAGAUGGGGAAGAAAACGAGGAAGAAGUCGAAGAGGAAGAAAACGAGGAAGAAGUCGAAGAGGAAGAAAACGAGAAAGAAGUCGAAGAGGAAGAUGAGGAAGAAAACGAGAAAGAAGUCGAAGAGGAAGAUGGGGAAGAAAACGAGGAAGAAGUCGAAGAGAAAGAUGGGGAAGAAAACGAGGAAGAAGUCGAAGAGAAAGAUGGGGAAGAAAACGAGGAAGAAGUCGAAGAGGAAGCUGGGGAAGAAAACGAGGAAGAAGUCGAAGAGGAAGCUGGGGAAGAAAACGAGGAAGAAGUCGAAGAGGAAGCUGGGGAAGAAAACGAGGAAGAAGUCGAAGAGGAAGCUGGGGAAGAAAACGAGGAAGAAGUCGAAGAGGAAGGUGGGGAAGAAAACGAGGAAGAAGUCGAAGAGGAAGCUGGGGAAGAAAACGAGGAAGAAGAGGAGAGUUAGUGGUGCCGACGAAGCAAACCGGUUCGGUGAGAAAAUGAAAACACGCAUUAAGUGAGAGCCAGCCCGUCACUCACGCGCUGUCCACAUGGAAAUGUCCGAGCUGAG